AUGAGCAGUUUGGCUGAGAAGGUCCACAUCCUCUUGCAACCUCAUGCAGCCUUGAUGCUCUGCUGUGGAUUGCUGGUGCUGCUGGGGGUAGCGUGGAACAUCUGGAACCUUGGAGUGGUGUCCCACCAGCUGUGCAAGUCAAAAACAUAUCAGACGGUGGACCUCAUCAUUUUGUGCAUCUCCUCCUCCAACAUCUUGCUGGACAUCUCUGCAUUCGGCUACCUGUUCACCAUAGAAUUUGAACUGCACUGCUUGAAGGAGCUGCACACUGUGGUCCGAACUAUAUUGUAUGUGUUCUUCAGCACCACCUGCUUGAGUUUCUGGUCCAUUACUUGGUUGUGCGUUUUCUACUGCGUCAAGAUUGUCAACAUCCCCAUGGCUUUCUUCAUCAUCGUCAAGAGGAACAUCUCGGGUGUCAUCAACGCUGCUCUCAUCCUCAGCGUCCUAGGGUGCCUUAUCAUGUAUGCCCCUUUUUUCUUCUUUGAGCUGCCUUCUCAUGCAAAAAACACUACAGCUAACGGCACCCUUAACAUUGACUGCCCUGACCUAAAGGUGAAUUUUUCAAGCCCCAUAGACACAGAUGCCUAUCUCUACAUCUUCCUGUGUUUUCUUUGCCCAAUACCUCUGGCUAUCAUGCUGACCACUAGCAUUCAGCUCGUGUCUCAUCUCUGGAAACACACGAGGUCGAUGAAGAAAAACGAGAAUAAGUUCCAGAGCAGAGACUCCUACCUGCUCAUCGUCAGAAUGAUACUCUCGCUGGUCUUUGUGUAUUUGAUGACGAUCUGCAUUGCUUUCAUCUGCUUCCUCAUACAGAAGCAGUCCAGCCAACUGGCAAACCAGAUUCUUAUUCCGAACAUGUCCUUCUUCUGCAUUGCUACAGGAAUACUUUUGACCACCACCAACAAAAAUCUCAAGGAGAAAUUCACCACUGUGUGCUGUUGCAAGAAACCUCAGACUGAAACAAGAGUCAGCGAGAGAUUAACCUAA